AUGAAAAGCAUAAGUCAAACUAUUCAAAUCAGAAGUAAAAUAUUCGGCGACAUUGUUUUAUGCAGCGGCUGUUCGUGCUCGCUCGACCUCUGCAUCACAGUGCUGGCGAACCCGGGCCAGAACAUCCUCGUCCCGCGGCCGGGCUUCUCCAUCUACCGCACCCUGGCCGAGGGCCUCGGCAUACGCACCAAAGCCUACCGCCUGCUGCCGGACCGCGGGUGGGAGGUGGACCUCGCCGACCUGGAGGCGGCCGUGGACGCGGACACCGCGGCCAUCGUCAUCAACAACCCCAGUAACCCGUGCGGCUCCGUCUUCUCGCGCCAGCACCUCGCCGACAUCCUCGACAUCGCCUCGCGCCACCGGGUGCCGAUCAUCGGCGACGAGAUCUACGAGCACCUGGUCUUCCCCGGCCAGCGCUACCACAGCCUCGGGUCGCUCUCCGAGGACGUCCCCGUGCUGUCCUGCAGCGGCCUCACCAAGCGCUUCCUGGUCCCCGGCUGGCGCAUGGGCUGGAUCGUUAUCCACGACCGGCACGGCGUGCUGGGCAGCGAGGUCCGGGCGGGACUGCAGAAGCUCAGCCAGCGCAUCAUCGGCAGCAACACGCUGGUGCAGGGCGCGCUGCCCGCCAUCCUCAGGAACACCCCCGAGGCCUUCUUCGAGGACACGAUCCACAAGCUGCACAAGUACUAA